GCGGAGUCUUCGGCCACCUCCAUGGCGGACUCCAAUUCCAAGGAGGAGCAGGCCCGGAAUGCGCAGGCGCACGCCGAAAAGUGCUUCCUCGCUGGCAACGUCUUGGGCGCGAAGCGGUGGAUGCAGUCCGCGAUCAGGCUUGCGCCGGACCUCCCCGGCAACACGCAGAUCGUGGCGGCCUACGACGUGCACGCCACGGCCGCGCGGAGGCCCCUCGACUGGUACGCCGUGCUGGGCCUGCCCAACCCGAGCUCCGCCGGGUCAGGCGUCGUCCUGACCCACGACGCCAUCAAGAAGCAGUACCGGAGGCUCUGUCUACUGGUGCACCCCGACAAGAACCACUCGGUCGCCGCCAACGGCGCCUUCAAGCUCGUCCAGGCCGCCUGGGACGCGCUGUCCGCCAGGCAUCCGCCUGGUAUGACGGCGGUUGCAGCUGCGGCCAAGCAACCCCCACCCUCACCGCCACGUCAGCCUGCGCCACCGAGACCACCAGACCCGCCGCGGCAACCACAGCCGAGGCCGCGGCCUCAGGUCGAGAAGAUGUCCUGGAGAGCUGCAGCGCCGACGACGAGUUGCUCGCAGCAAACGACGAGAGUACAGGAGCCGCAGAAGGGCAGGUAUGUGCCGCCGCCUCGAGCACGGAGGCCCCCUUCGCCACCCGCGGGAAAGUGCCCAUCCUGCGGCGCGCGCGCGCCCACCCUCUACAAUUGGAAUUUUCGGUGCAUGGACUGCCAUUGGGACCCGAUGGACAGCCGGUUGCUUGAAGAAGAUGACGAUGACGACGACUUCUUCGAGUACGAUUACUAG